AGCCAUCGCUAGCAGCCGAUUUUGGCGCCAACAGAGUUUUUGGCUCCGUACUACAGAACUUCCUUUUAAUCUUGAAAGUAAAGCUUAUUUGACGUUGAUUUCAUUGAUAAUCAUCUUACACUAACGAAGAUCAUCUAGCUCAGUCUUGGGCCGUGGAUGCUUUUACCUGCAUACCUUGCCAGAGCUUUUUAUCGUAUUACUACAGUAGUGCAACAUCCUUAACCUAGCAAUAUGGACAUUUCCCGCCGCAGAAAAGUCCCUAAGGUUGCUACGGGCAGUCUGACAGAGCUAUACCCUCACAACUUGCAAAUGUAUUUUGUUCCUCCUAUCAGUGACAUAACUUUAUCCGCAUUUGAGGAACUAGCUCUUGAAAGGCUAAAAGUGCUGAGAUGUAUAGAACUGGCAAACUUGAAGGGAGCCAAUAAAUUUUCUGAUGAAUGGAAGGCUGCCCUUUGUGAAGAAUUGACAAAGCAAGGCUUGAAACAUAUCUUUAAAAUAAGUACUGCUCCGACCUGUAAGCAGACUGAAGCUGAAGUGCAGUAUCGCAAGCGGGAUCAUCUGUCUCACUUUAUCUUGCGAUUAGCAUAUUGCCGAACAGAUGAUCUUCGGCGCUGGUUUAUAGCUCGUGAACUAGAUCUCUUCAAGCUACGUUUUAUGUCAUUGAAUGCUGAAGAAGUUCGGGCAUUCCUGAAUCUUAACAAUCUCUGUUACUCCCCUAUAUCUUCAGAGGAAAAAGAAACUGUGAAAGAAGGAUUAUGCGACUCAACAUACAAUAUGUCAAUGUCUUUAUUGUCAGAGAAAGACUUCUUCCGUGUACCUUUUACUGAUGUAUUGGAACUUGUAAGAUCUCGCAAGGUCUUUGUUCAUGCUGGAUUUGCAUACAUUCCGAGCUCUGAAUUUGUUGCAGUCAUGUCGUCAGUGUUUCGGGCAUCAUUGGGACAGGCUUUGAUGAUGACUUACAGACGGCUUCCUAGUAUUGAUGAUGAAAGGUUGGCACCUCUCCUUAAAGGGCUACACACCAGUUAUGCAGGAGACGAUUUCAAAACACCCAAAGGUGGGGAAAUCUGCAUUGAAGACUUAGACAAGCAUGCCAAAACUUCAUAUCCAUUGUGUAUGAGAUUUCUUCAUGACGCUCUACGUGCCAACCAUCAUUUGCGCCAUUUGGGCCGAUUACAGUAUGGCCUAUUUCUGAAAGGCAUUGGUGUGACUCUGCAAGAUGCAAUGCGCUUUUGGCGUGAUGAGUUCACUAAAUCUAUGGAUGUUGAAAAGUUUGAAAAGCAGUAUGCUUACAAUGUUCGGUACAACUAUGGACAGGAAGGAAAACGAACAAAUUACACACCAUACAGUUGCAUGAAAAUAAUUUGCUCAAGUGUUGGCCCAGGAGAUUUUCAUGGAUGUCCUUACAAGCAUUCUGAUGUGAAAAUCCUGGCCAACAAAUUACAAGCUUAUGGUCUCUCACCUCAAUAUGUUGCAGAAAUAUCUGAUCUUGUGAAGAAUAGCCAUUAUCAGGUUGCUUGUGGGAGAUAUUUUGAAGCAACUCAUGGGAAACCAUCAAGUGGCAUACAGCACCCAAACCAAUACUUUGAAGAAAGUCAGGUUGCCCUUGGGAACAAACCUGGCAUCAAAGUAGAAUCUGGAAGCCAAUCGUCCACCCAGUCGUCCACCCAAUCGAGCUACGGCCACACACCCACCAACAAAUCCGUGAAAAUUGAGAAGGCGGAAGAAGAAGACAUGUGGGGUGGUGACAUAGACCUUGCCAGCAUUAACAUGGAUGUUGAGUGAUCUUUGGAUGGGGGGAUGUAUUUGGCAUAAAACAUUUCUGUGAUGUAUAUAUUUUAUUACACAGGAUUACUGUGCUCUGAGGAUUGUAAAGAUGUAAUAUAUGUAUUUUCAACUUAAA